AUGGCUGAUGCCGCAGUCGAGACAAUCUCCGUCUUGAAAGUGGCCCGACUUUGUGCCGUUCUAUUCGGCCGUUGCUCGUCUUCGGUCAAUCUUAAUUCGGCGGUAAAAGAAGAGCUUUUAAAUGAGCAGGGACGACUGAAGAUAUGGGCAGGAAACAUCGGUAUCUUUGCGACUGGCACCGCGUCUGCAGAUUACCGAUUGCGAGACGAUCCAGAUAUCAAGGAGGUCAUGGUUUCAAUGCUCGAUAGGCUGAGAAGCACACUCCAGAGGAUACUUGAACUGCCCAAAGUCGAUGAGUUGGCAGAAGACGAAGAGAGAGGCGCAAUUAAUGAUGAAGGCUCAGAGGAAUCGACAUCGUCUUCUGACGCCUCACUUGUGCUUGAUAUCGACGAAGAAGAAGAAAAUACUAAAAUAUGCAAGACUACCAUAACAAACCUUUACCGGCUUUCUGCUGCCAUCAAGAAGCCCGCCUCAUAUAACGAAGAUGCGAAAGUCAUGAAGUUCAUGCAAAAGGCAAAGGCAAAAGCAGAAGAAGCUGGCGGAGAAGAUGUCAUGUCCGAUUUAUUGAUUCAUCUGAAGUGGCUAUUUGGCCUUCGGUACAAACAUAUAUCACCAAAGAUCGCAGAUCGACUCAUUGAUGCAAUCGUAUUUCGACGCAAGAGACUCGAAUAUCGCAAGAGGCACCGAGAAAAACUUCAUCAUGGAGUAGAGGACGCAUUUGCCUCACAGUCUGACGAGGCUGUCCACUUCAAUAACGAGACAAUUCAACAGAAGAACAUAGUUCAGCAACACAUUGUACGCACACGCAGGGUGCAUCUCCCUAACAAGGGCGAUACAAGUAAAUUGAGAUUGGACACGUUGUCAGCAACCGAUGCAUCAUCGGUCAACCGUUUGAAGGUGUCUCCUUAUCCUAAAUCAAUUGCUCUGUCGGGCGUCACAAAAUCAGGCAUAGCCCGGAGAGAACAGCUCGACGUACCUCAUGCUCCGACUGUUGACAUACAAGGCAAGGAAGUCAUAUGUCCGUAUUGUUUUCGGGUUGUAGAUAGUGCCGAUGUUCAAGGUCAUCGUUGGACGCGUCAUUUGUUGAAAGACCUUGAACCAACAACCGAUGAAUGGAUCAGUCAUAUGCAAUGGCAGCACACUCUUACUUGGUUCUGUCCGAUUUCUCAGCACAGGGAAGCGUGUUUCUACUCCAAAGACGAUCUGGCAAGCCAUCUACGAUCAGAACAUGCUGGUACUUUCUCCCAGUCUCAGCUCGACGUUUUCACUCAGAAGAAUGCUCGUCCCGCAUCAGACUUAUUUGAGAUAUUAGCCGGCCAAAGCAGGGCCAAUUUUGGAACUCCGUCAGAUUGUCCAUUGUGUCUCUUCUCGGCAUCUGAUGUAAUUUCACCGCCAGAGAAAAAGCCACGCGACCAGUCCAUUGACAGUUCAUCACUGGCCGUCCCGGAAACAGAUAAUAGUCGCGAAAAGAUCAUUCGAAAUCACAUUGCCUUACAUCUAGAAGAGUUUGCUUUGCUGUCACUACCAGAGAAGGAGUAUAGUGAGGAUGCUGACCCUAGUCUCGGCCUCGAGCAAUCAGAAAGCAAUGGAACAGGUAGAGAUGAGGAAGACAUGCCCUCUCUCAUGUUUAGCAGCUCCUCUGAAGAGGAAUCGGACGAUGAACUCGCCACAGAUCAGAACGUCAAAAUAGUAUUAUCUGACGAAACCGACUACCGAUUCCUAGACCCAGACGAAGCAAACACAAUCGACCAAAUCUGGAUGCACGUAAUUUCAUAUCGACAAUCCAUUAGUGACCAGCCGGAGCCCCUCGACAUAUCGCAAGAUCCGACAUUGCAAACAUUUUUGCAACGGGCCCGAAUGAGUCAGAGCCGAGCCACCAUACCGAUGAUCGUUAUUAUAGAUGAGAAUGGUAUCCAGACAUAUGAGGAUACGGGGGAGGAUAUAACUAAGAUGCCGGAAUCAUCGUCGGGAGCAGCAGACGAAAUCAAUAUAACUCAAAAUUAUAAAACUGAAACACCAACGGUGGCCGAAAGCCACACGACUAAAACCAUGAAUCUCAAGCCAGUUCUAACAACAGAACCCUAUCCCGCCGAGGCAGAAAAAGGACAAGCUACAACGCCCUUCGCCCACCAAGUCGCAGACAACGACAUCAUGAACCCGCCAACUACAGAGGAAGAAGAGCAGUUACCCAAAGAAGAGCAACUCCGCCUUGAGAAGAAACUGCGCCUAAAAGUAGAUUUGCGCUUAUGCACAAUCGCUGGAUUACUAUGUAGUCUGAACCUACUCGACUCUGGGAUUAUAUCCUCUGCAUCAGUGACGAGCAUGAUCUCCGAUUUGGGCCUUGAGGGUAAUCGGUAUUCAGUGUCGAUUUUUAUUUUUACGGUUUCUAGUGUGGUGUUUCAAUUACCCUCCACAAUCGCCGUGCGAUUUGUCGGCCCGCGGAUAUGGUUUGCGCUCAUCACGUUCUGUUUUGGCCUCAUUACGCUGUGCACUGCAUUUGUGCAGACGUGGCGGCAGAUGAUUGCCCUGCGCGUUUUGCUGGGUAUUUCCAUGUCCGGGAUCUAUCCCGGGUUGACGUAUCUAAUAAGUACAUGGUAUACACGCAAAGAGCAGCAAUUGCGAUUCGCGUUCUUGCAAUCUGGUGAAGUUUUGGUGCUCGCAACAGGGAAUAUAGUGAACUAUGGACUGAAUCAUCUCGACGGUCACGCCGGACUCGCGGGUUGGCGGUGGAUGUACAUCGUACAGGGCCUAAUCACCUGUCUAAUUGGCAUCGUAACAUAUUGGUGGAUGAUCGAUUUCCCCGAGAAGGCUGCAAAGUCAGUCUGGUUCCUGUCUGAGCCGGAGAUUGAGCUUGCCAUGGAACGGAUUAGAGCUGAUAGAGACGAUGUUGUCCCUGAUCCAUUUUCGUGGAAGAAGGUUGCGGUCAAUUUCUUGGACCCGAAGUUGUAUGGGUUCGCGGUAUUGUUUUUCUUGCUGAAUCUAGUGUCGACGUCGAUGUCGUAUUUCCUGCCUAUCAUUCUGGAGUCUGGGAUGGGAUUCUCGGAGAAUGCCAGUAUUGUACUUUCUGCGCCGCCAUACUACUGGGCCGUAAUCCCAGUCCUCCUGACCUCUCUAAUGGGCGAUAGAUUCCGCCUCCGCGGCCCAGCAAUCAUCUUCAACGCCCUUGUCCUCAUUGCAGGCUUUCUAAUGUUCGGCCUCCCAAUCUCCCACCAAGUCACAGUUCGGUACAUCGGCACCUAUCUCACUACGGGCGCCUAUGUCUCAAACUGGGCGGCCCUAAAUGCGUAUCAGGCCAACAACAUCGUCGGCCAAUGGAAACGAGCAACUAUCGCCGCGGCCGUGACGGCUUGUAAUGGCCUGGGAGGCAUAGCAGGUAGUUUUAUAGUGCGGCAGCAGGAGGCGCCGUGGUAUCCGACAGCGGUGUGGGUGUCGAUUGGCUCGCACAUAUUGAUGAUUGUGAUUGUGGGUGGGUUUACGGUUUAUUUCAAGAUGGAAAAUGAUAAGCAGAAAAGAAAGGGGAGGGUUAUUGAGGGGACGCCUGGAUUUAGAUAUACGUAUUAG